UCCCUCACUGUGGUUUUAGUAAGCUUUUUGUAAUGACUCACUGCAGCUGUCUUAGUAGCACUAUGGCAAUAUGACUUCAAUAUGUCAUAUGAAAGUACUCACUAGAGGGAAGACGUCUUCAGUUUAACAAUUUUGAUUGAGAGACGUUGGUCAAAACGUGUCGGGAUCCAAACACAACGGACUUUUGAUUGGAAACAUUUCAAGUCAACUUGUUGCUCUCAACCCACUUUGAGUCUGGGUGACUAUGACCUGACAUCAAACACACCACUCUGGUACCCAAAGACAAGUGACGAGGGGGAAGCACUACACUUGACUCGCCGUCCUAUACUUAAGCAAAAAACAAGUUUCUAUCUUGUACUGAAGUUGCAAUGGCUUCAACGGAGGAAAGUGAUGCAUUCAAUAAUCGUGUAUUUGAUAGUUCUGAUUAUUCCUGCUACACAGUGGGUUCAGGAUUCAGAGAAGUGGGAGCAGUUUAGAUGGAUUUCAAUGAUCAACAGAGAAAAAACGGGGGAAAGACACAUGGACGCAGCCGUGAGACAGAGGAGAACAGAAAUAAACCAACCUACUGUGUGACUGAUGUUCCCCCCUGGUACCUUUGUAUUUUUCUGGCCGUUCAGCAUUACCUGACAGCCUUCAGUGCGAUGACCUCUGUCCCCCUCAUUCUCUCGGAGGGGCUGUGUCUGCAGCACGACAGCCUGACCCAGAGUCACCUCAUUAACACCUUUUUCUUCUCCGCUGGCCUGAUCACCAUGCUGCAGGCCACCUUCGGUAUCAGGCUUCCCAUCCUCCAGGGGGCCACAUUUGCUUUGUUGACCCCCGCCAUGGCCCUGUUGACCAUGCCAGACUGGAAGUGCCCAGCUUGGACCCAGAACGCCAGUCUGGUCAACACCUCCUCACCUCUCUUCAUAGAAGUGUGGCAGACCCGCAUGAGAACACUGCAGGGCUCUAUCAUGGUGGCCUCUCUCCUCCAGAUCCUGGUCGGUUUCACUGGCCUCAUCGGCUUCCUCAUGCGCUUCGUUGGCCCCUUAACCAUUGCCCCCACAGUCUCUCUCAUAGGCAUGUCACUGUUCGAUUCAGUCGGAGCCACGGCUGGCAGCCACUGGGGCAUCUCUGCUAUGACCACGGGGCUGAUCAUCCUGUUCUCCCAGUACCUCCGUCGCAUACCGAUCCCUGUUCCUGCAUAUAGCAAAGCCAAGAAACUGCACACCUCAAAGUUCUAUAUCUUCCAGUUAAUGCCUAUUCUGCUGGGCAUUGCGGUCUCAUGGUUAAUCUGCUACAUCCUUACCAUCUCUGAUAUCCUUCCAUCUGAUCCAGCCAAAUAUGGCCACCUGGCACGCACUGAUGUGAAGGGAGAUGUGGUGAAUGAGGCUUCCUGGUUCACCUUUCCUUAUCCUGGUCAGUGGGGCAUGCCAACUGUGAGUCUGGCAGGUGUGUUUGGGAUGAUAGCUGGAAUAAUAUGCUCCAUGGCAGAGUCUGUUGGCGAUUACUACGCAUGUGCCAGGCUGUCAGGGGCCCCUCCUCCCCCCAAGCACGCCAUCAGCCGGGGCAUUGGUGUCGAAGGGCUCGGAAGUUUGUUGGCAGGGGCCUUUGGCACAGGCAACGGCACUACCUCAUUUAGUGAGAAUGUGGCUGCUCUGGGUAUCACCAAGGUGGCCAGCCGAACGGUGAUUCUUGUGAGUGGAGCUUUCAUGGUUGUGGUAGGGAUGCUGGGUAAAAUCGGAGCCAUCUUCACCACCAUCCCCACCCCUGUGAUGGGGGGGAUGUACCAGAUCAUGUUUGGAGUCAUAACUGCAACAGGAAUUUCUAACCUGCAGUCCACAGACAUGAAUUCCUCCAGGAAUAUAUUUGUUUUUGGUUUUUCUUUGUUUUCUGCACUCGUCAUUCCAAACUGGAUAAAGAAGAAUCCUGAUUUCGUAGAAACAGGUGUUAAAGGGGUAGACCAAGUGUUACACAUAUUACUGACCACACACAUGUUCGUGGGAGGGUUUCUUGGCUUCUUCCUAGAUAACACAAUUCCUGGGACCAAACAAGAGCGUGGCCUCUUACACUGGGACAAAGCACAACUCGAGGACUCUAGCUCCACCUUGGGAACUGAAGAGGUGUAUGACCUCCCCUUUGGCAUAACUUCUUGGCUUUCGUCCCGAUCGUGGGUCCGUUACGUCCCUUUCUGCCCAUGGAAGGGUAACAGAUCUGAGUGCAGGUCGGAAGACAAUAAUACCCCACAGGAGCGGAGGAGUGAGCAACUGUUCGAUGGCAAGGAGGUCACUGAUGAAUUUGCUCUAGCGCUGAGGUAGAGGUGGUGCAAUAAAAUGAAAUAAUAAAAAUCAUAUAUUUUUAGGUCCCACGGCUGUUUCUAAUUAAACAAAGGUCACAGAAAUAUUGUCUCUGGGAUCUUUAAGCUAGCCAUCACUGGUUGAUAGGUGAUUACAGUAAGUUUAUGUAUUGUUAACUGUCGAUUUGGAUGUUUAACCCAUGUUUUCACUAUUCUGGUCUGAAUACGCUGAGAGAAAUAAAAAUAUCUGUGAACUGGAGCUCUCACAUUCUGUCAACACCAAUUAAAAGAGAACCGCUAAAUGAUCAAA